AUGCCAACGAGGACGAGGAUGAGGAUGACGAAGACGUGCGGGGUGCUGUGGAUGCUCUGGGCCAGCGUCCUGCUCGCUCUCUCAGGUGCUUCAGAGACUGAGCGGCUGCUGCUGAAGAAGCUGUUUAAGGACUACAACCUGAAGGUGCGGCCCGCACGCACCUGGGACGAGAAGGUGACUGUGCGGGUGGGGAUGACCCUCUCCCAGCUGAUCGGCCUGAACGAGAAGAACGAGGAGAUGACAACCAACGUUUUCAUGAACCUGGCAUGGACAGACUAUAGGCUUACCUGGGUUCCUGAGGCGUUUGAUAACAUUACCGUUCUGAGAAUUCCUCCAAACAAGGUGUGGCGUCCCGACAUCUACCUCAUAAACAAUAACGACGGGCAGUUCGACGUGGCUCUGUACGUGAACGUGCUGGUGAACUGCAACGGGACGGUCAACUGGCUUCCUCCCGCCAUCUACCGGAGCUCCUGCUCCAUAGAGGUGGCAUACUUCCCUUUCGACUGGCAGAACUGUUCCAUGGUGUUCCGCUCCUACACGUAUGACGCCUCGGAAGUGGACCUGCAGUACGCGCUGGACGAUGACGGCCAGGAGAUCCAUGAGAUCAUCAUCGACGAGAACGCCUUCACUGAGAACGGCGAGUGGCAGAUCUGCCACACGCCGUCCAGGAAGAACGUCCGCGACGACCUGUACGAGGACAUCACCUUCUACCUGAUCAUCGAGAGGAAGCCGCUCUUCUACAUCAUCAACAUCAUAGUGCCCUGCAUCCUCACCAGCAUCCUGGCCAUCUUCGUCUUCUACCUGCCCCCCGGUGCUGGUGAGAAGAUGACCCUCUCCAUCUCCGUGCUCAUCGCCCUGACUGUCUUCAUGCUCCUGCUGGCGGACCGGGUCCCCGAGACGUCGCUGGGGAUCCCCAUCAUCGUCAACUACGUCAUGUUCACCAUGAUCCUGGUCACCUUCUCCGUCAUCCUCAGCGUGGUGGUGCUCAACCUGCACCACCGCACCCCCAGCACCCACCACAUGCCCCUGUGGGUGCGCAAGGUGUUCAUCGACCUGCUCCCGAAGUACCUGGGCAUGCAGAGGCCCCGCCCAGAGCGCGCCCUGGAGGCGGAGCCCAGAGAGGACACGCCCACAUCCCAUCCCAUGUCCCAUAUGGACGGACGGAGGCCGGGCACGGAGUACUUCAUCCGAAAAAUCAAUCCCCAGCUGCUGUUGCCCUGGAAAGGCAGGAGUGACAGUACAGUCCAGCUCCAGAGAUACUUUGACACUGAGAGCUACUGCCUGAUCCUCCCUCCAGACCUGAAGUCUGCAAUCACUGCUGUCACUUACAUAGCUGAGCAGCUGAGGAAACAGGACACUGACGGCACUAUGACAGAAGACUGGCAGUACAUCGCCAUUGUUGUGGACAGACUGUUCCUGUGGCUCUUUGUGGUCAUCACCACCCUGGGCACCCUGGCGUUGUUCCUGGACGCCAGCUUCAACUACACCCCGGACCAGCCCUUUGCCUGAGCCUAGUGCCUGGCUCCGCCCAUUCGCUCGGCCAAGAAGCAGAGAGGACUACACUUCCCAUGAUUCCCGCGCUGACCUUUAGUCGCAUUCCAAACCAUGGCUUGGAAUGCGCACCUCCUCCUUGGAAAGCCCUCAAAUGCCCUCAGACCUCCCUUUGGAAAUGAUCAAUCCGAGUGCUGUAACAAAGAGAUCAUUUGAGUGGCCAAGGCAUGAGGCUUUAAGAUGCAAAAGUAUUAACUUCUCAGCACUAUUAGUCCAGAUCUCUUCCAAAAUGGCUUCGGGAAUCAGAACUUGUAUAAGGAGACCGACUCACUAGAUUGAAUAUGCACCAUUAUUAUUAAAUAUUAUACAGCUAUCCAGAGGCAGCUAAUUUAUUAUCCAUUAGCAUAAAACAAUAUCGUGACAAUUGAUUGUUUCUUUUAUUGACAUGUGGCAUUUAUUUAUGGAGGUACAGUGAAAAUACAACUGCUGCUAUGACAUCAACAGGGUUCGGUUCGCACUUGAUGCUGGUGUUUUCAUCUUCCGGUAGUUUAAUACGUUAGUUCGCUAGUUUCUGUUUUUUUAACUCUCUGC